CCGCCACAAAUGGGUCGGCCCCUCCGGCCACCGCCUCAUCCGUGUCGACGUUCAUGGCCUCGGCGACUUUCGCUCCGUCCAGGCUGCCGUAGAUUCUGUCCCGGAGGGUAACCGGAAGAAUGUCCUCAUUCAAAUCAGUGCGGGCUGUUACAUAGAGAAGGUGACGGUGCCGGCAUCAAAGCCGUACAUUACGUUCCAAGGGGAGGGAAGAGAUGUGACCGUGAUAGAAUGGCAUGACAGGGCGUGUGACCGAGGACCCGACGGCCAGCAACUCCGUACCUAUCACUCCGCCUCUGUCUCCGUCUUCGCACCUUAUUUUUCUGCCAGAAAUAUCAGCUUUAAGAACACAGCACCGGCGCCAAUGCCGGGGAUGCAGGGAUGGCAAGCGGUGGCGUUCCGAAUAUCGGGGGACAAGGCAUUCUUCUCAGGGUGUGGGUUCUACGGCGCACAAGACACUCUGUGCGAUGACGCCGGUCGCCAUUACUUCAAGGAGUGCUAUAUUGAGGGUUCUAUAGACUUCAUUUUUGGCAAUGGCAGAUCCAUGUAUAAGGACUGUGAGCUGCACUCAAUAGCAACUAGAUUUGGGUCAAUUGCGGCGCAAGAUAGAAAUAUAGAUGAUGAGAAGACCGGGUUUGCUUUCGUGAACUGCAGGGUGACGGGCACCGGCCCACUUUAUGUGGGCCGGGCUAUGGGCCAAUACUCAAGGAUCGUUUAUGCCUAUACAUACUUCGACGACGUCGUUGCUCAUGGAGGCUGGGACGAUUGGGACCACGUCAGCAACAAGAACAAGACUGUGUUUUUUGGAGUGUACAAAUGCUAUGGGCCUGGAGUUGGAGCAGUGAGAGGAGUAUCAUGGGCCCGAGAGCUGGACUAUGACACGGCCCAUCCAUUUCUUGCCAAGAGUUUCGUCAACGGAAGACAUUGGAUUUCACCUUCGGAUGCUUAGGCCUUCACGUGCUCGAGACGUGUCCGUGUGCAAUAAGUGUUCGACACCAUACUGAAUGAUUUUUUGAAGUGGCCGUGCAUUGUAGCUUAGACCACCCUUCUAAUUUCAAUUCUAUUUAUUUAUUUAUUCAUUCAUUUGAUCAGAAUUUAUUAUUAAAAAUUGUGACAAGUAUACGUCCAUGUAUAGAUGUAAUUGGUGCAAUUUGUUGCUUGUAAGUGUUCAUUUCUACAGUAAUGAUAAUAACAACCAAUGUAUUAUUACU